GACUUCACACACACUCGCUGCUUGGACUCGUGAGCUGGGAUACAUCUGCACGUUCGAAGUGUUUAUCUGCAGUUACAGUUGAUAUAUUAGGUUAACAUCAAGAUGUCGGACAAAUGUAGCUCCUAGUGCAUGUUUUUUCAAGAAACCUCCACGGUGUAAAGUAUGUGACUCAGUGGCAUCCAUUCUGUGUUGGCCUCUCGCCAAGUUAAGUCAGCAGAAAGAGGAGCUUUGCAGUCAUCAGCUGGUGCUUCAAAAAGUCCUAACAAUGUCUUUAGCCGAGGAUAUUCUGGAUUUGAUGCAUGCCGUCCUGGAGUAUUUUGGCGUGCCUCCAGACAUGCUGGUUCCAGUGUGGGACAGUGAUCUGUGCGGUCAGUAUCGCAGCAUCGUGCGGAUGAUUGGGACAAACCUCCCUCUGACCCCUGCACCACGCAUCCACUUUCAGGUCCCUCUGCUCUCCUAUAAGCCGCACGGUUAUGUGGACAUGACUGUGGAUUCAAAGUCCAUCCCCUCGUUCGCUGACGUCCUCUGGGUGUUUGAGGAUGAGGGGGAGAGUUUCGCCAAGACCAGGAACCAUUUACUUCCGAAGAAGCAAAGUACUGUAAAUCGGGAAGUGUUGAGGUACCCGCCUCAGAGUAAAGCCCAGAGAGGAGGGGGUCCUGUGAGGCAGACCACCCAACCAGACGCCCUGCAGAAGAUCACAGCGCUGGAGAGUCAGCUGCUCAAACUCCAAGCUCAGAUAGCCAUGAUCGUUACCGCCGCUCCAGCCUCAGGUCUGUCUGAGACCCAGAGUACCCCGGGAAGUCCUCUGAUGUCUCCGCCCCCCCUCACCUCCACGCCUCGCUGCUCUGCUCCUCGUCCCCCUCCUCCUCCACCACCACCUCCCCCUCCCUCGUGCCCUGGCUCCACCGCUGAGUCCUCGUCUGUCGUAGAGCUGAUCCGCCGGCGGAGGGACAACGACAAAAACCUCAACAAGGGUCCACUCAAACCCCAGGACUCAGACGUUAAAGGGACGCCGUCCAUGCUGGAUGUCCUCAAGGACUUAACUCAAGUCAAACUGCGCUCGGUCAACAGAUCCCCGGGGGGCACUCCGGUGAGAAGGCGGCGCAGUAAGGGAGGCCCCGCUCUGCUCAGCGACCCAGCGGCUCUUAUCGCUGAAGCGCUGAAGAGAAAGUUUGCUCAGCAUCGCCACAACGACUCCUCCGACAAAGAGAACUCACUGGAACUCUCGCCGUUCGGCAGCCCAGAUAUACCCAAGAUUCCGGUCCAUAUCAGACGCAGCCAGGGCCGCCUCCACCUCUGAUCCUGCUGAUCGGACCCCAGAACGUCUGACACCCCCUCCUCUGAUUUUAGCUCCCACAGAUGUGCCUCUCAAACAGAUUGCAGCUACUGACUUAUUUUCGUUUUUAUUUUCUGUUUGUCUAAUAUAUUGUUCUUGUAGGAAACUUUAUCUCACAAUGAACUUGUUUCUGUUACGUUUGUCUUUGUUGGGAAGCUUGAAUGUAUAUUUGUGUUACAGCGAUCGCUGUGAAGGAAUUUGGUACAGUUUUGCAAAAGUACAGUGUAAUGUUAUGUUUUCAGUGUUGUUCAUACAGUAUUUGUAUGGUGUAUUUUUAAACAAAAGAAUUUGUCUGGGCAGGAAUGCACCGCUGCUUUUAAUGUCUCUAAAGUCCCAUUGUAAGGCCUUUUUAUAGUUCCUGAUUUAAAAAAGAGAAAUUUAAUAACGGAGCAUUGAUAUUCACCAGCUCUAUUCUAUGCAACUGCUGUUUCAUUUUUAUAAUAAAGUUUUUAAGUGCACUGAUA